AUGAGCAAUCCAAAAGCAUCGUCCGAGUAUCUAAAAUCUCGUGUGAUUGAGCUUGGAAUCACUCGCAGGGUCAAGGACGGCCGCAUGGUGACUGUAUUACUAGAGGAUAAGAGCGAGAAGCUGCGUUCCCGAGAAAGCAGCGCCACUCAUGCGUCACUACGUUCGACAUCAUGCAGCGGUAUGACGCGAUUCCAGGCCGCCCGCGAGGCUGCUCGGGCUUGGAGCGGCGGGAAGAAGAUGUCGAGAAGGGGCUACUCUUCACCAGCUUCGCAGGAGUCGGUUCAAUCCACCCGGAGCGCGCCGGUUUUGGUCCGCCACAAAGCUCUGUCGCCAUCAAAAUUGGACGGCAAAAGUCCUAGCCAGGGCGCAUCGUCGAACCAAAAGCUUGAAGGCUAUGAGUCGACGGCAAGCAGCACAACCAGCGUCUCUAACCAAUCCUUAUCCAAUACUGAUCAGAGAAUAUUGCCGUCUCGUCGCUCAAACCGCCAAAGGAAGGAUGACCGCAGGCGCGCAUCGCACAGCCGACAUCACGCUGGACAUAACGAAGAUCAGAAGAAGACCCAAGGUCCCAGCACUCUGGUGGACACGCAAGCUUCCGUGUAUAUAUCCGGUCAAGGCUCAGAAAAGGUCACCGGGCCUGAGAUCUCUCAUCCCAGAGCAUUCAGGAACGUAACUGAGACAGCCCAGGACCUUGGCCAACAAGCUAACAGUACCCCCGUGCACUCAAAUCCUGUACCAAACAUAUCCCAUACCACUUUUUCAGGAUUUGUACAGAAUCAGCCACAGUAUCAUCAUCAUCUCAAUACCUUCGCCGCUCAACAUGCUGCCGAAGGAAUGGGAGCCACUCCAGUCAUUCUCCGGCCUUCGGACCAGGACACCACGAACGGAUACCAUGUGUACUACGUAUCUCAUAGCUAUCCAUGUCAAGUUCCGUUUUUUUCACCAUCGGCCGUCAUGCCCCAGCUUAUGAGCUCUAAUCAAGUGGCAAAUUCACGAGUCCAGACGGUAACAGCUUCUCAAGCUGCUCAAGCGGCUGCUCUCACACUGGUGCCCACUGGGGAUAAGGAGCUAAGGCAGUCCAAGAAUGGCACUUCUAGCGGCCAGGUACCUCAGCACCAGGUGCCACAAGUUGUCAUUUACACGGCCGCCAGCUCUGGUGAUAGCACCGCAACGCCUCUUGUUUCACCGACGUACAGCGUCGAUUCCUCUCAGCCCUCAGGCCUUGGAGCUGCUUCCACGGCCGUCAGUGACAGCAACACUGCUGUAAGCAACAAAAAUCACACCAAGAGUCGCCCGACCAGAAACGGAGAAUUUGGCAGGAUAUCGCUUGACUCGGAAGCCGGACCUCGGCCGGAUAGCAUGCAAUCUGAGGCCAGCACAAAUUCUAAAGCCACCAGCCACGCCCAUGGACGCCUCCUGGGACCUUUGAGUAAGCACUACUUCUGCUUUGGUUGUGGCAGAGUCAGAUCCAAACGAUUUCACAGGCAAAACCCCAUCAAGGAUCACCAGGAUCCAGACACCAACUACUGUGCAAAUUGCCGUCGCGCGCACGCAGAGAAUGCAGCACAUAACUCGGUCUCGUCGCCAUCCUCGGCUUAUCCCGAGAUUGUGAUGCCAGAGUCGUCAAGCAUUGGAUCUACGAGCCACUUGAGCCACUUCAACAAGUACCAAUCUCUCCGAGAGGGCUUUGUGGGACGACUGCCGGACACUCCAACAAGAAAAUCGACUAGACGCGAGGGCAGUAACCUCCUAUGUGGCUCCCCGGAGCAGAACUGUCUGGUAGCAAGUCGCCAGAAGUCAACUUCCAGGCUCACUACACCUACAAGACAGACUCUUCCUGGAUCUCGCUCUGUGAGGGCAGGCUGUGGUCUCCGGAUCGUCCACAAUCGAGCUUACCGACCACCCAGCGUCGAGUCUGUCAUCGACUCCUCCCUCGAGUAUGCCAACGAGACGCCGAGGUGCGAGAAGCCACGAUCGCAGACCCUGCUUUUCUCUGCCGAUAAUGCAGGUGCAGCUGCAACGGAAGUCGUUCCAGGCGUGUCUGGCCUUCAACGCUCUGAUGAACUGAGGACUUCUCCUCUGAGCAAUGAGCCGAAGCAGGUUCGGUUUGAUCAGCGACUUGAUGAGUGGUUCAGCCAGUCUUCGCAAGUACACGCAGACGGCAGCGAGUACAGCCAAGAUUGCACGGUCCAAAAAGGCCGUGGCAACAUCGAGAACCACGAAGCCACCGUCGCUGAUGGAAACUCGAGCAACAGCUCACCCACUAUCCUUGGAGAGGGUCGAGUUCGUGAAGGCAAUGAUCCUUGUGAAGAUAUUCUACACAGUGAAAAGGUUAAUGAAGAUGAAGACGAGGAGGACGAGGAUGACGACGACGAUGAUGAUGAUGAUGAUGACCCAUUCGCUAUCCCAGCUCGCUCUCACAAGCCCAAGCUCUUCCCCGUCACCAUUCGUAUGGUCAGAGAUGAGUCGGUCGUGUCUACCCGACAGGAGUCGGCCUCACCGACACCCGUGCCACGCUUUCGAAGUGUAUCUGACAGGGGCAGUCCUAUGAGGAACUUUUCCGAGAAAUUGGCGGCCACUAAACACGAUCCCAUACCUCUACAGCCUCAAUCCCCCUUUGCAUCUCUUCAACCCCGCGGAGGGGAGACCUCCAUCACGGGCUCCCGCUGUGGUCAAGAAUCAGAGCCAGCCGGUGAGAACCACUCGGAGGUAGAUGCGCUCCCGGUUAGCAGACCUCGACGCGUCGCGCCGGCUCCGGUAUCUACCUCGGCCUUUCAGUUUCGCGCCAGCGGCCCACACAACUACUCUUCCCUGCCUCCAGCCCCGGCCUCAGCGCCCCCGACACGCAAGGCUUUCGAUUUCUCCUCACUAGCCGACGACUACCGAGACAAGUCAGAUCCCUUCUACUGCCACUCUCUGUCAGAGCAGGAGCUAGAGCAGUGCUUUCAAGAGCCAGACGGAGCCGACUCCUGGACUGGCUGCGAUACAGAGGCGGGCCUGGAUGGUUUUGCAGAGUAUGAAGAGGGCGGCUCUAAUCUGCUCGACGAAGAGGACAACGACUGUGCCUAUGCCCCUCUGCACCCUGAUGAUGUGUACUUUUCCAUGGAGUGA